ACCGCUCGAGGGGCGGAGCCACGCUGGGUGAUUGACGCUGAGGCCCAACUAGGGAGAGGCGGGGCCAAGGCCGGGGCCUGACUAAAUCUAGCGACUAGGGUGGCCGAGGGGUUUCAUCCCAGCUGAGGAGGGAAGAGCCGCGGGCAGCUGCGGAUCUCGCCUGCGAAUCUCAAAGCCACUUGCGGUGUUUUUAAAACUUCAGCGAUAAAAAAUGGGCAGAAUUUUCCUUGAUCACAUUGGUGGUACUCGUCUGUUCUCCUGUGCAAACUGCGACACAAUUCUGACCAACCGCUCAGAACUCAUCUCCACUCGAUUCACAGGCGCCACUGGCAGAGCAUUUCUUUUUAACAAGGUAGUUAACCUGCAGUACAGUGAAGUUCAAGACCGGGUUAUGCUCACUGGCCGCCACAUGGUUCGAGAUGUGAGCUGUAAAAACUGCAAUAGCAAACUGGGAUGGAUCUAUGAGUUUGCCACUGAAGACAGCCAGCGUUAUAAGGAAGGCCGUGUGAUCCUGGAACGUGCUCUAGUUCGGGAGAGUGAGGGUUUCGAGGAGCAUGUACCAUCUGAUAACUCUUGAAGAAAAAGAGAUAACUUCACCUUUUCCCAGGUCUCCUUCACUGAAAACAAAAAUCUACUUACAUACACUGUCACCUUAGCAUCAGAGUCGGAUUCAUGAACUGCGGAACAAGAGGUUAUGAGAAUCUAAGAUGGACCCUUUCUUUCUUUCUUUUUUUCUAUUUUCCAUCCAACAACAGUGUGUAGAGAGAAUAUUAUGCAGAUGCUGUUAAUUUUUUCCCCCUACUUUUACAUCUCAAGGCAGAAUAGUCUAUCUGCAGCUACAUGGUGGGUGGACUAUGUGAGGAAAAAAUCUGGGCAAUUAGAGUGGCAGAGUGUUUUAUGUAAAUUUUGAAAGGAAAAUGUGUCAAGAGCAUGGUUUUUAAACUUAUUUGGGCUUCAUUUUAAAGAACUUUUUUUUAACCCAGUUAUUUCACUUGAUUUGCUAGCUUCAGAGAAGAGAUCCGAAUUUGUGACCAGUGCUAAAGGUUCAGUGUUGGCAUAGCUUGUGCUGGCCGUUGUGCCAUAUUCUUGUUGGAGAUGAACCAUAGCACCAGAGCCCAUUCUUCCUUGUCAGUCUUGACCCAGAGAUGUCACCGUUCCUAGUUGUUUGUCGCCAUGUAAUUGGUGUUGAUUGGAAACUUUUCCUGAAAUGGGGCAGAACUGCUUGGUUGUCCUUUCCAUGUAACUUAAGCAUAGUAAUAUAAAUAAAGUCAUAGUUGAAUGUUUUUGGUCCUGUGUUACUUUUAAAAACCACCUUUUGAAAGAGCAGUGGAUUUGAUAAGUAAUUUUCAUAAUACUGUUGCUUUUCAUCUCGUUAAGCUGAAUUGACUGUGUGUUAAGAUACUACUUUGUUUAAAUUAAAGCAUACUGUUUAAGUCUACAGUAUUGUAUUUAGAAAACAGUUGAACAGAAUGUCAGUGUGCAUUCAUGCAGAAAGCAUUUCACCUGUAUCCGUUCUAAAAGAAGGGGGGAGGGAUAAAUGAAGCAGCCUAUCUAAAAAUACUGCUUUGCAAAGCAUUUCAGCCUAUCCUCAGUUUUGCUUUGAUUUUAAUGAGUCAGUAAAGCCUAAUAGUUUCAUCAAAGGACAAGGUCUCAUUAGCAUUAUUUUCUCAGCUCUUCCCUAAGAAAUUCAGCAAUUGAAAUUAAAACUGUAUUUGGUUCCUUCAAGUGGAAAGGGAUCAAAUUUGACUCAGGGUGUUACUUUGGCCCAAAAUUUACAUUAUGAAGUAUUAAAAUGUAAGUGGUUCUUUAUCAAAAGUGUUUCUAGAUAGUCUAUUAUUUGUUUCUGGUGGAAUAAAUGACAUUAAAAUUGGCUAAUUUGGACGGAUGUUGGGGUGCUCAAUUUCUAGGUGUUUGUCCAGAGAGGAAAUUUGCCUCAAUUAGCAAAAUCUGUCAUUGAUACUAGAAGUAACUUAGUACAAUUAAGAUUAAGUUUCUCUUAUUUGUCUUUGGGCUCUUGGUUAGAGGCAUAGGGAUCUGAAUAAGUAGGCGUAUAGUAUUGCAUUUGAAGUAAGUGGACACGAAUUCUGUCUUUCCUUCACGAUGGACUAAGAAACAACAUUCUUUCCCAUUCACUUCCAUACUGGCCUUUGAGUACAUUCAGAUUCCCAGUAGCAUGCCUUACCUAUAGUACUAUGUGCACUUGCUGUCACAAUAAAGUAUAUUUUGUCUUGCA